AUGUCCAUCACAAUGAAGGCGGGCCAGCUUGGCCUCAGCACAGACGCGCCAGAAUUACAAGAGUUACAGGAUGGGAAUCUUCGACAGAUGUCGGUUGAUGGCAAUCAUCCAGGCCUAAGACAAAGAUUAUGGGGCUUGGCAGCGCGUAUGGACCCGACCGUCACCUUUGAAGAGUAUAUGUUUUGGGCAAAGAUCGAACGCGAGAUGGAAGCCGAUGAGCAGAAGAAAUACGUCGAAACUGUCAAGAACGAUGGCAAGCUCGGCGGCUUCAAGGCCUACUUUUUGGGUGCUCCCAAGAAUGUUGUCACCGAGGUCACCCCAGAAGUUGACCCCGCUGCGCCCACCGAGAAAAAUGGAGAAGCAGGCAAAGAUCUCGUCUUGAACCCUAUUGCUCCCUCGCAGACCCAUGAUUUCGAUGCUGAAUGGCGCCGGGCAGCACGAGCCCUUCGAACCUCUGGCUGGGUCACCGUCUUCUAUCUGGUCACGACGGAUAUACUAGGUUGGGGCCAGACGCCUUAUGUCUUUGCCAACGCUGGCUACAAUGCAGCGAUUGGAGUCUUCGUUCUCUUUGGUGUCGCCGCCCUGUGCUCCGCACUCAUGAUCUGGCAGGUGUUCCUUGGUCUCGACUCUUCCCGGUUCCCUGUCCUCAGUUUCGGCGACCCCUUCUUCCGGCUGUUUGGCCCAAAGACGCGCAACAUGAUCAAUAUCAUGCAGGCCUUUCAGAUGUUCUGUACUGUGGCUGUCAUCGUUCAGGGCAAUGCUCAGAUCAUGUCUCAGGUCAACGGAGGUCACAUUUGCUAUAUUGUCAUCGCCCUCAUCAGUGUCUUCAUCGGAAUCGCCUCAUGCGGUCUCCGUGCACUCAAAGAGGUUGGUUUCUUGGCGAACUUUGCCGUCUGGAUCAACAUUGUCAGUUUCAUCAUCAUCCUGGUCUGCGCGCCUAAAUAUGGGCCAGACCCUACCUAUGCAUUACAGACGACACUCCUCAAGGUCGCCGAACCGGUCAAAACAUUCUGGGGGGUUCCGCCGCCUCAAUACCAGCAACAGACCACGGACUUGUUUGCCGCCCAGUUCAACGGUAUCGACUCCAUCGUCUAUGCAUACUCUGGAGCACUUCUCUUUAUCGCCUUUCUCUCCGAGAUGCGCCACCCCAUGGACUUCUGGAAGGGUGCUCUGCUGGCUCAAAUCUUCAUCAUGGUGGUCUACGUUAUCUUUGGGGCUGUGGUCUAUACCUAUAUUGGACAAUACGCCGUCUCGACCAUUUCGCAAGUUGUGAAACCAUAUUCGGUCCAGGUUGCCAGUAACAUCUUGGCCUUGGUUACUGGCUUCCUCGCCGUGUUUAUGUACUUCAAUGUGGGUAUGAAGGUUGUGUAUCUUCACAUCUGUGAGGAAAUGCUCCACAUGCCCCCCAUCCACACCAAAAAGGGCUACCUAUUCUGGCUGAUUCUGGGGCCUAUGUACUGGGUUGUUGCGUGGGUCUUCUCCAUGUCGGUACCCAACUUUGCCGGCAUCACUGGUCUAAUCGGUGGCCUCUUCUCUCUCAACUUCACCUACAGUAUUCCCGCCAUCAUGUGGGUCGCGUUCGUCAUUCAGAAAGGAGCGGUUCUUCCUGGUGAAGGGUUUGACCCUUACACCGGCGAGACUACACGUCACGACCACGGUCUCAAACGUUGGGUCCGUGGAGUCCGGAAGACGUGGUGGUACAGCAUUCCUGGUAUUCUAUUCGCCUGUGGAGGGUUGGCUUCGUCCGGUAUGGGAAGCUGGGCUGCAAUCCAGGGUCUCAAGCAAAUUUUUGGACCCGGUGGUACCAUUCAGACUUCUUGGGGAUGCGCGGGUCCUGGUUAA